AAAUCAAAUCAGUUCUCGAAUCGAAUCGAAGCUCUCAACAAUGGCGAUGGCUUUCAAGAUGGCGGUGACGGGAAUGUGGGUGACGGAGGAGUGUAAGAACUCGUUCAUGGAGAUGAAGUGGAAGAAGGUCCACAGGUAUAUCGUUUUCAAAAUCGACGAGGCGACGAGGAAGCUCACCGUCGACAAGGUCGGCGGCGCCGCCGCGAGCUACCACGACCUCGCCGCCGCGCUGCCGGAGGACGACUGUCGCUACGCGCUCUUCGAUUUCGAUUUCGUAACGGUCGACAAUUGUAAGAAGAGUAAAAUCUUCUUCAUCGCCUGGGCGCCGAGUGCAUCAAGAGUGAGGGCAAAAAUGUUGUACGCAACGUCAAAGGAUGGGCUGAGAAGAGCUUUGGAUGGAAUCCAUUACGAGGUUCAGGCAACUGACCCUACUGAGAUGGGCUUCGACGUUAUUAAGGAUAGGGUUAAUAAAUAAUAAUAAUAAUUAUUAUUAUUAUUAAAU